UUCAUUUCUAUAUUUUAUUUUUUUACAAGUUUACGAAUAUUGCUCAUUUGGGGAUACUGUUUUAAAAGUUAAAAAUUGUUAUGGCGUUGCCGUGGCAUAUUCCAUUAUCGGCACUUCCUCAGGAUCUUAACGUUGAGAAAGGAAAUUCUUUUUGUGACCAUUAUAGUAGAAUCGAUAUACACCAAAAUCCUCGAAAUGAACUUCAAACUGGCAUGAUGUGUGAAAUAGGCGAAUGCAAUCGAGAUCCAAGUACAAUACAAAGAUUAAUCGCAUCAGGGAUGACUGUGGCUAGAUUAAAUCUAAAAGAUCACGAACCUGACGCUUGUUCACAACUGAUACAAAGUAUAAGACAGGCGGUUAUUAAUUACAGUAUUGAACUAGAUUAUGUCUAUCCACUGGCUUUGAUAGUAGAUGUGAAAGGGCCUGAUAUUGUGACAGGUAAUCUUAAAGGAGGACCAAAAAAUAUAAUUGAACUGAUCGUUAAUGAAUCUAUAAAAUUAACUACGGAUUCAAGUUGGCAAGAUUGCGGCACAGUAGAAUGUUUGUUUAUAGAUUAUAAUCAUUUAACUGAUUUACAAUGUGGUGAUGGCAUUUACAUUGAUAGCUUAAGGUCAGGGCAAAUUAAAUUAGCCAUCACUGAUAUUGGGGAGGAUUCGGUUAAUUGCACAGUUACAAAAGGUGGUAUAAUUGGUUCUAAAAUGACCGCACGGAUCUAUAAAGUACCUAACGAAGUAGAGAGUCAUAAAAGAAUUUCUAGUACUGAAUCUUUAUGUAAUAAUCAUACCCCAUCACAAUCAUUUGAUAAUAUCAAGGCUCAAAUAAAUUGGGCAGUCUCAGCAGAUAUUGAUGCAAUAAUAGUCCCUAACGUCAAGGAAAUAGAAGAUAUGCGAUGCGUUAGGGACGUUCUUUCUGAUAAUGGAAAACAUAUUCUUGUUUAUGCUUCAAUUGACUCCCUAACGGGGUACGAUAACUUUGACACAAUUUUAUUAGAAGCAGAUGGAGUUUAUGUUGAUCGGUUUGUGUUGUGUAAUGAUUUACCUGUUGAAAAAAUAUUUAUUGCUCAAAAAGUAAUAUUAGCAAAGUGUAAUAACAUUGGCAAGCCUUGCAUAUUUAAAGCCGUUAUAAACGAACAAGUCCCUACCCUGUGCGUUACCGAUAUUGCUAAUUUAAUUUUGGAUGGUGCUGAUGUUCUUAGUUUUGAGCUUCACUACGAUUUUCCAUUAAAAAAGCACGUUUCUUCAUUUAAUGAUAUUCGAAUAGCCGAACAUUGCCUAACUGCUGCCUGCGUUAUAUGCAAAAAUGCAGAGAGAGUGUCGGAGCCCUUAGGUAAAUUAAAAAGUGGUGCAAAUAAUCUCGGUGGACCUGCGAAACUAAUUGGUCUAAGUGCUGUUGACUUAGCAGCUUAUUCAAAAGCGUCUGCUAUAAUAUGUCUCACCUCUUCAGGACGUACAGCAAAAAUUAUUUCACAUUUAAGACCAAAUUGUGUAAUAGUAGCUAUCACCAGAGCAUGUCAUACGGCAAGGCAAUUACGGUUUUGGAAAGGAGUACAACCACUACAUUAUUACGAGGCCCCAAAGCCUUCUUGGGCGAUGGAAGUAGAAUCGCGCAUAAGCGCUGCCCUUGAUUAUUGUAAAUCCAAACGUAUAUUGUGUGCCGGUGAUCCAUAUGUAUUGGUAACUGGAUCUCGUAGGGGAGCAGGCUAUUGCGACUCUAUCAAACUUUUGUAUGCGAGUGCAAAAGAUACAUUUUUUUUGGAAUAGAACAA